UGUUUCCUAGCUUCCCACCCUCCAAAGGCCGUGCUAUAUAUAGAAGGUAGUCGUCUCUCUCCUCCCACCUUCCUAGCUUCCCAUGGAUGUGCUAUGAAUAGGAGGAAUAGUUUUCUCUCUCCUUCCUAUCCCAAAGGUAAAAGAUGUUGUGUGAUGUGAUAGGAGAGAGGGAGAGGAACGGCAGGAAGGAGGAGGAGGCAGAGGUGGAGGAAGUCCAUUAGCCAUCUUCCAUUUCUCUUUUCAUCCUCUCUUCAGUGCAUUCGUUGCCACAAGUCCUUGUUGUGGGGAGGAGGAGGAGAAGGAGGAGGAGGCUUUGCGGAAAGAGAAGCAGGAGGAAGAAAAAGGAGUUAUUUUAUCUCUCUUUACCUCCUCUCUUUAUUCCAUUCAUUUCAAGGUGGUGCUUUAUCGACUGAUAUCUUGUAGAAUUCUUUUGAGGAAAGAGAAGCAGGAGGAAGAAAAAAGAGUUCUUUCAUCUCUCUGUUCCUCCUCUCUUUCAAUCCAUUCAUUUCAAGGAGGAGGUGGAGGUGCUUCAUCUAGAUAUAUCUUGUAGGAUUCUUUGAGAGAAUAGCAGGAGGAAGCAAAGGAGGAGGAGGACUAUUACCCUUCGUUCAUUUCGCUCUUCCUCCUCUCCUCGAUCCAUUCGUUCCUAAAAAACCUUGUUUUCGGGCGGAGGAAGAGGAAAGGUGGGAUUUUGCAUAGGGAGACAGAGAGUAGGAAUCUUCGAGGAGAAAUGGCGAGGCUGUCGAUCGGCGUCCUCGGCCUGACCGAGCUCUUCGUCAGCACGGCAGUGCAUGUGCUUUUCGGCUUCUACAUAUUUAGCACCGCGGUGGCAUCCGACCUUUCUCAGGUCCUCACGGACUGCCUCAAGCCCAACGUUUUCGGCCUGGGAGCCAAAGAGAUGGAGGAGCAGAGGACGACGAAGGAAAAGGUCGCAGUGUUAGAGGGCUCGCCGCCGCCGAUCGUGUUGGUGCAUGGGAUCUUCGGGUUCGGCAAAGGGAGGCUUGGAGGUUUAUCCUACUUUGCCGGCGCGGAGAAGAAGGAUGACCGUGUUCUGGUGCCGGAUUUGGGAUCCUUAACCAGCAUCCAUGACAGGGCAAGGGAAUUGUUCUACUAUUUGAAAGGAGGGCAGGUGGAUUAUGGAGAGGAGCAUAGCAGAACUUUUGGGCACUCACAAUUUGGGAAAAUCUAUGAACAAGGGCACUAUCCUUCAUGGGAUGAACAACAUCCAAUCCAUUUUGUUGGGCAUUCGGCAGGCGUGCAGGUCAUCAGGGUGUUGCAGCAGAUGCUUGCCGAUAAGGCCUUCAGUGGCUAUAACACUUCUGAGGACUGGGUAAUGAGUGUUACUUCCCUCUCUGGUGCACUCAAUGGAACCACUAGAACAUACUAUGAUGGGAUGCAGCCUGAGUGUGGAAGAUCAAUGAAACCGAUAUGUCUGCUUCAGCUCUGUCGCUUAGGAGUCAUAGUUUAUGACUGGCUUGACAUUGCUUGGUUUAAAAACUACUACAACUUUGGAUUCGAUCAUUUUCAGAUGGGGUGGAGAAAAACUGGCAUUACAGGUCUAGCUGAUCUACUCCUGGGUAACACCGGGCCUUUCGCUUCUGGCGACUGGAUCCUUCCUGACCUCACACUGCAAGGUUCACUUGAGCUCAACUCCCGACUGUGUACCUUCCCCAACACAUUCUAUUUCAGCUAUGCAACUAAGAGGACAAGAAGGAUUUUUGGAUUGACUGUUCCUUCUAGCAUUUUGGGAAUCCAUCCCUUGCUCUUUGUUAGAGUGUUGCAGAUGUGCCAGUGGCAUUUCCCUACCAAUGCAUCACCACCCUAUAAAGGAUACAGGGAUGAAGAUUGGGCAGACAAUGAUGGAGCCCUGAACACAAUAUCCAUGACUCAUCCUCGCCUACCUAUUGAACAUCCAAGCCUUCUUGUUGUGGAUGACUCAAAGUGCCAUCCUCUGCAACCAGGAAUUUGGUACUACAAAAUCAUCGAAGCUGAUCACAUCUUUUUCAUAGUAAAUCGGGAGAGAGCAGGAGUACAAUUUGAUCUUUUGUAUGAUGGCAUAUUUCAGCGAUGCCGAAAGCAUGUCGUCAGAAGCAGCACACCGAUAUUACCAAUAACACACUGAAGCUAUUCAGAUGAUACACAUUUUCUCAGAUGAAUUUCCCUGAAGCUUCAGUGUAUAUCGAUGCCAUCGGCCGAUUUCCCCCGCAUAAUUUCCCUGAGUGUUUCACAUACAGUGGGUUCUUUUUCCCCAAUUUUACCUUUAGCAAAUCUAGAGCUUUUGCAGAGCACAUGUACUUAUUUUUGGCAUUGCCUUUUUGUACAUAUAUCAUUGUUGAAUCAAAAGCUAUAAAAGAAAGCCUUUCAGUUGUA